AUGCUCGUUUUCCGGAGCAGCUUAUUGUUGUUGGCGGUAUUCUGCAUCCUAAUACUUGACGGAACGGCUUCGAUUGGGGUCAACCUCUCUCUGUUGGUAGCAGUACCUCUUACCAAUGACAACUUCCCAGUACCCGACCCUGGUUGGAUCCAGUUGGCGUCGGCGCUCCUGGCCGUAGAUCAUUUCAAUGCGCGAGAUUCUUCGGUAGUAGCGGAACUGAAGCAGUAUGAUGCCUGUCCCAUUCGCUUUGACACCAAUAAUAUCACUGUUAUGGAUACGGGGACCCACUUGACGCUUCCCAAAUUGGCACCUAUCGAAUCCUUGGAUGCCAUUGCCGGUCCGUUUCACGAAAUGCCGGCAUUGGAGCUCAGCGUCAUUGCCAAUACCUUGGAGAUACCCAUUGUGGCGCACAAGGCAUUUGACAAUUCACUCGCCAAUCGGUUUCCCUACUUUUCCCAGGUCUCUGCCGAUUCUUCGGCCGAAAUGGCCUUUCUGGUAAGGUAUCUGGAACAUGUGGGACGCACCAACUACAUUGCCGUGCUCUACUCCAGUACCAGUGCGAGUGCCAUGCAAAAGGUGGAUAUCUUACGAGUCCUCUUAUUGGGAAUGGAUCACGUACGAACCUUUCCAUACCGUUCCAAGUCGACAACAACAACGGCUAGAAACAGUGGUCUUGCCGAUUCCUCCGUCCGUCAUGCCUUGGAACGGGUCUUGGAGACGGGCUUUCGGACCAUUGUAUGGAUCUCGGAUGAUAUGAAAUGGGAUGCCAUGGAUGUUCACGAGGCAGCAUCCGAUUUGGAGUUGGAUCAGGGCCGGCAUUUGUGGAUCGUCAUGGGUGGUGUCUCGGAACUCUCGUGCUACGACCAAAUGCAACUGUUGAACCACAGCCAUGCCACCUUUGGACGACGCCACUAUUAUCUCAAUGGGGCGGCCUUUUUGAAUCCACACGAUGCCUUUGCCAUUGGUGGAGGCCAAAAGUUUCAAACGGCAUUCUUUCAACAAAACCAUAGCUUUGUGGAACGAUUGGAAGCACUCACACCCAUCCAAGACUACUACAAUGCAUGGUCUCACAAGAGCAACAACAAUACACAAGAAGAAGUGACUUUGGCCACCAUCUUGCACCAAAUACAGAGUUGGUGGGUGGGCAGUGCGUAUCUGUAUGAUGCAGUGAUGGCCAUUGGCAUUGGAGCUUGCGAGGCUGCAGCAGCCGUUCCCAGCAAUACUUCCAUCAAGGGCGAGCUCCACCUCCAAGGCAUUCGCUCGGUCAACUUUACGGGGGCUACAGGGCGGAUUGCCUUUGGCAGUGCCGAACUGGGAAGCAGACAAGGAGAUACCAUUCCCUUUGCCGUAAUCAAUUUGCUCCCUCCGGGAAACGAGAGUCUCGUCGAGAUCUCGGAGAUUCUGGAUCCAAGCACUGGUGAAUUCAUUGAAAUUGUCCCUUUUGUGUAUGCGGACGGCACGACAAACCCACCGAUGCUGCUAAGAGAUACUCCUGAUCAGAAUUAUCUCAGUGAUGGUGUGCGGAUGUUUGGCCUCAGUCUCAUGACGAUGGAUCUUGUCAUUGUGGCGCUAUCGGCAAUUUGGGUAUUUUGUUACCGCCAUAACAGUGUGCUGAUUGCAGCCCAACCAGUGUUUCUAUACGCCCUGUGCGUUGGGUGUGCUGUCAACUGUUCGGCCAUUUGGUUCAACUCGGUCGACGAAGGACAAGGUUUCACCGAAGAAGUUCUGAACAAAGCCUGCUUAACUUCGGUAUGGUUGGGAAGUGUGGGGUCCUGGAUCAUCUUUGGAACUCUUUUUACAAAGCUAUGGCGAGUGAACCGUUUGAUGGUUCAGAAGGCAUCCCACAUCAGCAUUUGGAUUGUAGUUGGACCUGCCUUUGUCUUUUCGUUGGUGUUUGUCGGCGUUCUGACGCACUGGACUCUGACCACGGACUAUGGCUGGGAACGCACUGAAAUCGAUCCGAUCCCCAUUUUUCUUACCGCGAGAAUGGCGUACAAGACCAUUGGUGUCGAUGAUCUCUAUUCGGAAGCAAAGUGGGUAUUGAUUUUUCUGCUGGUGCAGAUUCAGGUCACAUUUGUUGGCGCCCCCGUUCAAUAUAUCCUGAGCUCCACCUCUCGGGAUGGAUUCUUCCUUGGUACAUCCCUUCUUUACUGGUCCGUUCCAGUUACGGCGAUGGGUCUGAUUGUGUUUCCCAAGGUUUUGACAGUUCGGCGCACGCAACAAGCAGCAUCAAACGAGACAGACGAAACACAGCAACAAAGACGCCAAUCUUUGUCACGGCUAACGGGAGAAGUAGUUGUAUCUCCUUCUGUUUCCACGUCAACCGUUGGCAGAAGGGGAGAGACCGCGGCCACCAAUCAUGACGUCUCUUCCUUAUCCCUCACAAGUGGACCCCGGAUACAGAUUGUAACGUUUGAUUGA